AUGGUUCGGGGACCCACGGCCUACUUCCUCUUUGCCGACGCCGUGAGGGCCGAUGUCCAGGAGGAGCUGCAGGCCAGACAGCCCGCUGGCAAAAUCUCGGUGGCGAUCCUGGGCAAGGCGAUAGGCGAGCGAUGGCAAGCUCUCAGCGAGGAGGAGAAACAGGUCUUCAAGGACCAAGCUGCAGCAAAGGCAGCGGAGCUUGCGGCGAGCGAGGACCCUCAGGGCGCGGGUGACCCCGAGUCCAGCGAUCCCUCCCCCAGCACCGCCCCUGCCUCCCUCCCCACCUCCCUGGUGAAGAAGAUCAUGACCAUGGACAGCGACGUGUCGCGAGUGAGCGCAGAGGGUCUGCGUGCGGUAGGCGCUGCCACCGAGGCGUUCCUAGGCCUGCUGGCCGCCGGGGCGCUGGCCAGGGCUGCCGGCGACAAGCGAAAGAACUUCAGGUUUGGGGAUGUCCUGGCCCUGGCCCUGAAGGACCGGCGCCUGAUCGACAUGGGGCUGGCCGAGGUCUUGCAGCAGGAUCCACAGUUUAGAGAGGCAUGCGAGGCAGUGGACGCCUCGGCCAAGCCCAAACCUGCCAGAGCAGCAGCUGUGGGGGACAUCGAGGACGUGGGCAUGAGAAAAUUGACCGCCUUCUUCCAAGCCGGCACCGCCAAGCCCAGCAGCACGGAGACCAAGCCCAGACCCCGCAUCCUGUCUGGCGUGCAGCCUACCGGCACGCUCCACCUGGGUAACUACCUGGGCGCCAUUCGCGGCUGGACCGCCCUGCAGCAUGAGUAUGACGCCUUCUUCUGCGUGGUGGACCUUCACGCCGUGACCCUGCCGCACGACCCCGCGGCCCUCCAGGCCUCCACGCGAUCCGUGGCCGCCAUGUAUCUGGCGGCCGGCAUCGACCCCGCCGUCAGUACGGUUUUUGUGCAGUCCCACGUCUCCGCGCACGCGGAGCUGACCUGGCUGCUGAGCUGCGCCACGCCGCUGGGCUGGCUCCGGAAGAUGAUCCAGUUCAAGGAAAAGUCCAAAAAGACGGGGGAGGAGGUGGGCACGGGCCUCCUGACCUACCCCGUCCUCAUGGCCGCAGACAUCCUGCUCUACCAGCCGGACCUGGUGCCCGUGGGAGAGGACCAGAGGCAGCACCUGGAGCUGACACGGGACCUGGCGGAGCGCAUGAACAGCCUGUACGGAGGAAAACGGGGCAAGAAGCUGGGCCUGCGCGGCUCGCGCCUCUUCAGGGUGCCCGAGGCAGGCAUUGUGGACCGUGGCGGCCGCUGCAUGUCCCUCCUGGACGGGACGGUGAAGAUGUCCAAGUCCGCGGAGUCGGACGCCAGCCGCAUCAACCUCCUGGACCCGCCAGACCUGAUCCGGAAAAAGGUCCAGCGCGCCAAGACCGACGCCCAGGAUGGGCUACGCUGGGGCGACCCGGACCGGCCAGAGGCCGCCAACCUGCUCACCAUCUACCAGACCAUCACCGGGCGGCCCCAGGAGGAGGUGGCGGAGGAGGUGGCGGCCAUGCGCUGGGGCACGUUCAAGCCGCUGCUGGCAGAGGCGCUGGUGGAGCACUUGGCCCCCAUCCAGCAGCGCUACGCCGACAUCAUGGCCGACCCGCAGACUCUGGACGACAUCCUGGAGAAGGCAAGCGCGCGGGGGAAAGGGGGAGCCGAGGCGGCGGGCGCCGUGGCACAUCAAACACUAGACGAUGUGAAAAAGGCCAUGGGCUUCAUGCUGCCGCACAAGAGCCGAUGA